AAACGAGCGCAGCGCCAAAACAAACAGCGAGACGAUGAAGACUUUAUGCGUUGCAAUCAUUCUAAUGGGACACUGCAUGUCUCUGAUCCGUGCUGGAUCAUACCACUACAACAAUCAUCUAGUGCCAGCAGGACCUCCGCCACCACCACCACCGCCACCACAAUACCUUCCAAACUAUGAUGUGCUACCAACCGAAGAAUACGUCCAGCCAGUCAAAUAUCACUCCUGGGGCCACGGACCGGCAUGGACACCGAUCACCAGCUUCCCCUGGCCCGGUCCGGAGCACGAACCGCACUAUCCUCCGCAUUACCAUGCCGGCUCGGCUACACCGUGUCCGCACAAGAUGAAAAAGUACACCACAACACCGAAAACAACCACCACCACGACGACCACAACCACGCAUCGUCCGGUGGAAACGAAGAAGCCGCACCUUCUGCUGGAGAAGCUGGCAGUCACUCAUCAUAAGACGAAAUAAUGAUGAUUGUAUCGGUAAACUGCACCUGGGACGAACAAUAAAACAAAU